UGGCCCACAAUUCAUUGCUUCGAGUGAGAAUUGCCAGUCAUCUUCAGUGUUGAUCGUGAGUGGCGUGAUCUGAAACAGUGCACGAGCGUUUUGUUUAAAUUCUGUAUAUUCGUUUAUACAAGCGUUUCAGAAUGAAAGAAUUAACGGCGAAGAAGCCACGAGCGGAUAAAGAGACGAAGAGCGGCAGCGGGCUUGAGCCACAGGAUGUGGAAAUGAACGAGGACGAGCAGAAAGCGCCCAAAGAACAAGAUCAACUCACACUUGAAGACAUUAGGGAGCACGUGAAGCAGAUUGAGAAAGCGGUGUUGGGGAAGGAGCCACGGUUUGUUCUUCGUGCACUGCGUGCGCUGCCCUCCACUAGCCGUCGGCUCAAUUAUAAUGUCCUACACAAGGCUGUGUCUGGUUUCUUCACCUCCAAUGCUGCCGGAAAAGAAUUCCUGCUUAGCUUCCUGGAGAAGCCAGUGGAUAGUGAGGGAGACAUGCAGUUCAGGCCUCGGACAGGUAAAGCUGCUUCUAUUCCACUGAUUCCAGAGGUAGAGGCCUAUCUACAGCUUCUGCUAGUGGUCCAUCUCACCAACAACAAACGCUACACUGAGGCUCAGAAAGUGUCUGAUAACCUGCUACAGAAGAUCAGCUCACAGAACCGUCGGGCUCUGGAUUUAGUCGCUGCCAAGUGUUACUACUACCAUUCUCGUGUGUACGAGUUCCUAAACCAGUUGGAUGUGGUCCGCAGUUUCCUGCACACACGCUUAAGGACGGCUACAUUACGUCACGAUGCUGAUGGUCAGGCUGCGCUGCUCAACCUCCUACUGCGGAACUACCUGCAGUAUAAUUUAUAUGACCAGGCAGAGAAACUUGUCUCCAAAUCAGUUUUCCCUGAACUCGCCAAUAACAAUGAGUGGGCUCGCUAUCUUUACUACACUGGGCGUAUCAAGGCCAUUCAGCUGGAGUAUUCAGAAGCGAGAAGGACUCUGACAAACGCCCUGCGCAAAGCCCCUCAGCACACUGCCGUGGGCUUCAAACAGACGGUGCAUAAGCUGUUGAUCGUAGUGGAGUUGUUGUUGGGUGAGAUUCCAGACCGUCUGCAGUUCCGUCAGCCAUCUCUCAAGAGGUCGCUCAUGCCAUACUUCCUGCUCACACAGGCGGUGAGAACUGGAAAUCUUUCCAAGUUUAACCAGGCAUUGGAUCAGUUUGGAGAGAAGUUCCAGGCCGACGGCACCUACACACUGAUCAUCCGUCUGAGACACAAUGUCAUCAAAACUGGUGUGAGAAUGAUCAGUUUGUCGUACUCGCGGAUCUCUCUUGCUGAUAUUGCUCAAAAACUGCAGCUGGACAGUCCUGAAGACGCGGAGUUCAUCGUUGCCAAGGCGAUCCGUGACGGUGUCAUCGAGGCGAGCAUAAACCAUGAGAAGGGUUACGUUCAGUCUAAAGAGACCAUGGAUAUCUACAGCACUCGAGAGCCACAGCUUGCUUUCCACCAGCGCAUUUCGUUCUGUCUGGACAUACACAACAUGUCUGUCAAGGCAAUGAGGUUUCCACCAAAGGCAUACAACAAGGAUCUUGAGUCAGCAGAGGAGAGACGAGAGAGAGAGCAGCAGGAUCUGGAAUUUGCUAAAGAGAUGGCAGAGGAUGAUGAUGACAGUUUCCCAUGAGUCUGAAGAACAUCACCUUUAUUUCAUUUGUCUCAUUCUGUUUUGCUCCCCACAUCUGUAGAAAUGACACGUCUGCUCUUCACAUGAACUUCCGUUCAACUGCGUUCUUCUCAUGACCAUGAACAAGCUGUGUGAUGUGACAUCAUGAAUGCAUCAUCGUUUUUGUUCUCCAGUUGUAUACUGUCAUGCAUGGUUGUUUUUUCCACUCCCAAAUCUUUACAUGCAUCCCUGUUUUAUAUAGGUGCAUUCAUAUAAAUAAUGAAUGUUCUUUAACAUUUGGUUUGCAACAAUAAAUAGUCACAAAAUGUUAAACUUUGCCUGGCUUCCCCAAAUUAACCACAAUUCAAAAUUGUAAGAGAUAGAUGGAAUUGGUGAUGAGUAGUGCUUUACUGACUGGGAAAAUUUGUCUCGUGGCUCUGCGAUGAUGUAGGAUUUUCUGGGGUGAACUGAUUGUUGGUGUUUAAUGUUUGAUAGUUUGUUUUUCUUCAAUUAAAAUUAAGCACAGCUUCAGAUACAUGUGUGUUUGGUUUGAGGAUUGAAUGUGAAGGAAUUAUUUGAUACAUUUAGACAUAGAUUAAGAAACCGUAGGCAAAUUAAGCCACACUUUAGAACAGCUUCUGUUUGUGGAUGGAAUGCUUCCAUACUGAGAACUGAUUUUCUCUCAGUUUGAAGAAUUCUAAUGUUCUCUACAGUUUCAAAAUUAGAAUGAGAAUAUUAGACAGGACUGAGUUUGUAGAGAUCCCAGCAGUGCAACAAAUUCAGCAGACCUCAAUUUUAAGAACUGAUCCAAAAGAGCAUCACAGCCAUGAAUUUUUAAAGGAAUUUUACGAUUCCUAUUUACAAUUCUGGUUCCUUAAAGGUUCCAGUAAUUCUUCUAGUACUUCUUUUAAAAGAAUUAUUUGGAAAUGACAAAUGCAAUUUUUAUUGUAUUUACUACCCUGUGCUGCAUGUUACCCAAAAAUGAGAUUUCAGAUUUAUACAAAGCAGAUAUAAACUAUCUAGAAAUUUAAAAGGUGUAUUUGCAGAAUUUUAGAGACAUAAAUACAAUCCAAUAAUUGAGCCUAACUAUAUUUUAAAUAAAUCUAAACCAAAAAGAAAUGUGAUGGUAUAUUUAAUUAUUUUAUAAAAUUCCACUUAUUACAAAAAAACUCAUGGAUCAUUAAUUAAACUUGUCGUAGGAACAAUCAGUCAGUAUUAGGGUUGCAACGGUAUGAGAUUUUCAUGGUAUGAUAACCGUCUCAGAAAAUGUCACGGUAUAUGGUAUUACACAAUUACUAUGCUAAAAAAUAAAUAAAUAAAAUGACCCUUCUGUUUUCACUGAUAAAACACUAUUAUAAUUUAAACUUGAAACAAUUUAUUUUAUUGAAGUAUGUGAAAAAAAGUCUACCUUUUGAAAAUAGAAAAAAAUAAAGCUAACAGAAAUAUAAACAUGAUAAAAAAACAUAAUGUAACUAACAUGUUAUAUAACUAAAGCAUGUUAGUUUACAUGUUAAAUGAACUAUUAAAUGAAAGAUAACAUCAGCUGUGUGAGCUUUUAAGGUAAUGUCCUAUGAUUAUUAACAGUUAACAUAUACUGCUCCUGUCUGUACCUUUAACUCAGUGCUUCUCAACUGGUGUUGCUUCAGGACAGAUUUUACAUUGGAAAUCAAGCGUCGACCUUGCCAUAGAUCAAACAUAACCUGUAUUUAAUGUAUCCUGGGUCGCAUUUCCUUUUAUGUUGCAUAGUUUUGUUCAACGAUUUCCAGUACAAGGACAUGCAUCAAGUGACAUUAUUUUUGUUGUUGAUGUCAACAACAAAAUCUACAGUUGUCUCUCCCCUUUCAAAAAUUGAAGAGCAUAUUUACUUAUAUGAGCCCAUUAUUAUCCCAUUUGUUACCUAAUAUUACAUAUUUAUACACAUAUUACACAGAAGGAAAGGCUCCUCAUUACAAUGGUCAGUGUGCUAGUCUUAAAUAAUAGUAAUAAUAAUAAUAAAUUAAUGUAUUUAUAAAAAAUAAAUACUAGCUGAAACACAUCUUGAAACUUUAACUAAAACUGCCACUGUUGAUAUAAAAUGAGGUCUAAUAGAUUCUACCUUUAGAUUAUUUAAAAUGAAACAUUUUGUCAAAAUAUAACAGUUUCUUUUACUCAUGUGGAAUCCUGAAACAAAUUUGUAAAGGUGAUGUGUGUAAUUAUUCAUAUUUUUAACUAUUUUUGUAAAGGGGCCCACAUCGGGCUUUAAGUA